AAUUGAAUUCAUUAAUGGCGCACAAAGAGAGAGAGAGGAGAGAGAGAAACCAGCACAACAAACCCUUUCGUUGAUAUUCUAAUUUGAUUCCAAUCAGGGUUUCAAAUUUAAUCGAAAAAUAUCAGCGCCAUACUUAAUGUAAUUUCCUUCUUAAUUCGAUUUCCUCUGAACGAUGCCUCUAUUAGAGCGUUUUUCGAAUGUUUUCCUUUCCAGAUGAGAUGACUCUCCAAAACCCUUUUACCUUUCAGAAAACCCUUCUUCUGUCUUACCCAUUUAAGUCUCUUCUCUGAAGUUUCGGCGCCCCCUCUGCUUGAUUUUUUCCUUCUCUCAGAAUAUAAUAUUGACGCGAAUUUUUAGGCGCCCGUAGUUUCGUCUUCUUGUUUCGGGAUUUUGGGAAAUUGUGGCGAUGGAGGGGAGGAGAAAUCAUAGGGGGGAAAAUCGUAGGAGAUCAGUGCCGAGUAGAAAGCCACCCCGCGGCGGUGGGAAGCCAACGGGGCGAGCAUGGGAGAAAGACUUUUGCAAAGUAGUCGGGUCGCUCGACUGGGAAACCUUUCUGCAUAUGAAGAAGUUCACACACCUCUACAGCGAUGUACUGAAUUGGGACGACUCUGCAGGCGAAGAAGCAUUCUACAACGCCAAGAAUAGAUAUUGGGCCCAAAUAAAUGGGCGCCCGUGCGACGCCCCCUUACCUGAUCCCGAUCUUUACAUCGACAAAAUCAGUUGGGAUUCAGAAACAGAUUCUGAAUUGGCAGCAGACAUCGAAUCGAAAUUAUCCAUCUCCAACACAGGGGAGGCUGGCGGUCACGACCCUGUUGUAAUUUUCGGCGACACUCUCUUGCCGUACACGCCGGUGGGAUGGGGCGACGCAGCAGAAGACAAGAACUUGGACGUCCCGUUUAAUCAUUCGACUCCUCCCAAUUACCUUUUCGGGAACCAAAUGUUGCAGCCAACAGGAUGGGGUGAUUGUGAAGAGAAUGUACAAGUUCCCGGGAAUUAUCCGUCAACUGAUUACGGCAAUCCGUGGGAGCAAAAUUGGGGCAAUCCGUUGAAUAAUGGGUCGGGAGCAACGUGGAUGGGUUACCCGGAAAAUGUAUGGCAAUUUAGCGGACCGACGGGAUACAUGUCGUGGGGCGGGAAUUGGAGAGAGCAUGGGUGGGGCUGGGCCUACGGGAACGACGAAUGCAACUAUGGAGAUGGAUCGGGCAUCAAUGCAGUGCCGGGUGUGAAUUUAUCGAGCGGCGGGAAUGAGCAGGGGUUCUGGAAGGAGAGCAAUGUUGCGAUUGGCGGGGGAACCCCGUCUAGCCAUGGCGGUCGGAGGGGUCAUGGAAGGGGUAGAAAUCGAAAUAAUGGCAGCAGGAACGGCAACAGGGGAGGACAUCGAGAGCAGCAGCCUGGAUCCGAGAAAAGAUUGGCGCCGAAGACGACCGAUUGUGUUGGGCAGGGCGCGGCGGCUAUCACGGUGGGGCAGAUGUGGAAUCAGUAGGAGCCUGCCUCGCCGGCUUUGUGUGAAGCAAGCAGUGUGCUGUUUGGAUGAGUAUAUAUAUGUAUAUAUAUGAUACAUGUCUUCUUAACAAGUCAGUCUUACUUUACAGUUAGUUGAGUUGGAUCCAAAAUUUUGACGAUGUUGGGGAGAUUUUGGCCUAAAGAGAAGAGUGAGUGAGUAAUGAUGAAACCCCCAUUCGAGAUUGUUAAGAGGUUCCUAAUGGUAAUGGGUGUAUAUAUAAUAUUGAUAGUUAAUACUUUGC